UUCCGGAGGUCACGUGACCGUCUCAGCCGCGCGUGUGAAGUCUGCGGUGUGUGUGUGCGCAGAUGGAGGUGUGUGUGAGCGGAGUGCUCCUGCUGGCGGUGUGUGUGUGUGUGAGCCUGCAGCUGCUCCGCUGGCUCCGGGCGGAUGCGGACCUGUGCGCGCUGUGGGCGGCUGCAGCGGGGACAAAACCAGCCGUGGCUCUGAGGGAGAAGGUGGUGUGGAUCACUGGAGCAUCCAGUGGGAUUGGGGAGGAGCUGGCGUAUCAGCUGGCUGCAGCUGGAGCUCGACUCGUUCUGUCUGCACGCCGAGAGGACGAGCUGCACAGAGUCCGGAGGAAGUGUUUGGAGCUGUCCUCUUUGAAAGAGAACGAUAUUCUUGUUCUUCCACUUGAUUUGUUGGACCGCUCGACUCAUGGAGAGAAAACCGACGCUGUUCUGCAGCAUUUCAGCAAGAUCGAUGUGCUGAUCAAUAAUGGUGGGCGGAGUCAGCGCUCUCUCUUCCUCGAGACUGACCUUGAUGUUUAUGGCAGUCUGAUGGAGCUCAACUACCUGGGUACCAUCUCUGUCACCCAGCACGUCCUGCGACACAUGAUCCACCAUGGCGACGGUAUCAUAGCAACCGUCAGCAGCAUUGUGGGCCUGAUGGGGGCGCCACUGUCCACCGGAUACUCGGCCAGCAAACACGCGCUGCAGGGAUUCUUUAACUCCCUGAGGACGGAGCUGACCGACUAUCCAAACAUCACCAUCAGUACCAUCUGCCCCGGGCCGGUUGUGUCCCAAAUCGUCCACAAUGCCUUCACUGAGCAAGUUGACAAGCGGGUCUCCUCUGCAGGAGAUCAGUCCCAUAAGAUGCCGACUGAGCGUUGCGUGCGUCUGAUCCUGGCCGGCCUGUCGAACCGCGUGAAGGAGAUGUGGAUCGCUCAGCAGCCGUUUCUUCUCUUGUUCUACCUUUGGCAGUACACGCCCACCCUCGCCUGGUACGUUACCAACCUGCUCAGCAAGAAACGAGUGCAGAACUUCAAAGCUGGAAUGGAUGCAGACUCGGCGUAUUUCACCCAGCCGAAGUUCAAGAACAGCUGAACGCUUGCACUGCUAUAAGGUGCUGAAUAUGCUGGGGUUUUUCUUAUAUGAGUCAAAAUUUGCUAAUGGGUAAUAAUGGUGAGACACGUAUAAAAAAUAAUCUCCAUCCACUAUUUUAAACAUAAAUUGGAUAUUUUUUGGUUUAAAUAAAAUAAUAUUGCUCUAAGAAAUAAUGUUGACAAUUUCAGAUAUCACAAGCUAUAUUUUCCCAAUAAAAUCAUGAAUUAA